AUGGUCCCAGAGUCUGCAACACCACUAAGCAAGGUGCACCACCAAGACAAUGUCACCAUUAAGGCCAAGGAGCACUCCAAACAGGUCUCCAGUUUCGGGAUGUCCACUCCAGUGACAGUAGCAGGGAAGGUGUUCCUGAUCUUCUACGGUCUCCUCGGCUGCGCAGCCACCAUCUUGUUCUUUAACCUCUUCCUGGAACGCAUUAUCACCCUCCUGGCUGUGGUCAUGAAGGCUGUGAGGGAACGGCGCAUUCGGAACUCCGGCCUCCUCCCGCCGGGUAUCCGCCAUGACUUCUCAGCGUGUUCUUUCCCGGGGUGGAAGCCGUCUGUCUACCACGUCAUGUUGAUCCUGGGGCUAUCCGCCAUCAUCAUCUCCUGCUGCGCCUCGGCCAUGUACACCCCCGUGGAGGGAUGGGCCUACCUCGACUCACUCUACUUCUGCUUCGUCACAUUCAGUACCAUCGGCUUUGGGGACCUGGUGUCGAGCCAGAGAGCAGACUAUGAGUACCAGCCACUGUACCGUCUAGCCAACUGCCUGUUCAUCCUUAUGGGCGUGUGUUGCAUCUACUCUCUGUUCAACGUCAUCUCCAUCGUCAUCAAACAGGUGCUCAACUGGAUGCUUCAGAACUUAUGCUGCCAGCGGUGUAAAAUCAAGUCCAACUCUUUCCCAUUGGGUCGCCGCAAUGCCAUCCGGCCUGGUUCGAGAAUCCGUAAAGGUCGCUUCCGAAUCAAACGCACGCCGGACUCGGGGGAUUCGGGACCCUGCGAAAGCGACAUGGAGGGAGGAGGACGCAGACUCUCUGGAGAGAUGAUUUCAAUGAAGGACCUGACGGCCUCGAAUAAGGUCUCACUGGCACUCAUGCAGAAGCAGUUAUCAGAGUCCGCUAACGGUUAUCCCAGGACGGUGUGUGGCGGCUCGAGACAUAACGGGUUCUCUGGAGGAGUGGGCGCUCUGGGGAUCAUGAACAACAGGCUGGCAGAGACCAGCAACUCCAGGUAGAACUGAGCAGUGUUUCUCGUCUUCUAGUCCGUGGACAGGCACUGGUCUGUGGGAUGGGACUUUCAGUCCGAGAGAUGAGUAGCUGACUUAAUUUAAGCGCUCCCUCAUGGAGUAAAGACCAUAGACUGCUUGUCUUAAUGAAAAGGUUGAGACACACUGGAGAGAACCCUGCAGGAAAAUGUGCUUAAGAAGACAUACUGAUGGAGAGAAACAGAGGCGCUUAAAGAUUCUGCAAAGUUUCAUGUGAUGAACUAUACUUGCUAUCACUCUUGUCAUGCUUGAAUAUGUCUGGUCCUUCGUUGGAAGAGCAUGAUGAUAUGCAUGACAUUUUUAGGGAUGUAAUCAACAUCCUGUGAUGAUUGAUGAUGAUGAUAAUGAUGAUGAUGAUGGACAGUUUUAGUGAUACUGUGGGAAGGAAAGUAACCUUCUUGUAACUGAACUUUGGAAGGUCAAAACACUACAUUUUGCUCUCUGACUCAAAGCAACCGGAGAACAUUUUCACUGAUAUAGCAGUGGUAUUCUUCAGGAUAAUUAGUUAGCCAUACCUGAGUAGAUCUCUGAGGCUGUAUGUAUCAUGCGUCUUAGAUACAGAG